ACCGAGAAUUUGCUCGCCGAACGCCACGCCCUCCAAGGGGUUUUGUAUGAGUUCCCCCAAGGCUGCAAUUGCGACAAAGCUUGUCGUAACAUGUGUGCAGUGUUAGGCAAGAACUCUGUCACCUACAAUACCAUGAAGUUUUGGUUCGAAAAGUUCACGAAAAAGAACUACGAUCUCGAUGAUGAACCAAGAUAAGAUCGCUCUCGUUUGGCUAUCAAUAAGGAUAGCUCGAGAGCCCUGGAAGAUGAUCCAAGAUCAACGUCACGCGAACUUUCUGCGACUCUCAAGCAUCCCCAAAAAAUCAUUAUCAACCAUCUCCACGAAACCGGAAGGGUGCCAAAGUUCGGUCAACUCAUUCCUCACAAAUUGUUCGAUUCUCAGAAAAAUUGCGUUGUGACCUCUCUCUUUCGCUGCUCACUAGGAAACGAACGACGGACUGAAUUAAGGAUAUCAUUACUGAAGAUGAUAAGUGGGUAUUGUAUGUUAACCAUACCAGAAAGAAACAGUGAGUCCCGGUCGAGGAAACCGCGACCUGACCUCAAAGGGGAACUUCACGAGAAAAAAGUGCUUCUCUCAAUUUGGUGGGACAGUAAGGGGUUAGAUAAGGUGGUCCAUGCUCAUCGAUUACGUCACCCUAGAGGAUCAAAAUUGUUGCUGCUCUAUGACAAUGCAAUACCGCAUACAACUUUGAAGACACGCCAGAAGCUCCAGACACUCGGAAUCCAAGUUUUGUCUCACCCACCGUUUUCGCCGGACUUGACUCCUACUGACUACCAUUUGUUCCGCUCUCUCCAAAAUCACCUUGCCGGGUAGAAGUUUCAUUAUCGAAAGGUCGUCGAAACGUGGUUGGACGACUUCUUUACCUCCUAAUCUCAGGAGUUCUGUGCGGAGGGUAUUGCUCAACUUUCGUUGUGUUGGCAAGAAGUCAUAGACACUAAUGGUGAAUAUAUUAUCCCUUGA